CAAACCCAUAAAGAGAAAGAGAGCUCAUGAGUAAAAGGCCCAGUUGCGAUAGGAACUGGCAAGAAGCAAUACUAGGCUGGUCUGGUCUGUCUGGCUCUGGGUUUUGCUUGCUUUAUCGGUUCCAUUCCAUCCCUUGAGGCCAUGACCCAUCUCUCUCGUGGAAGAAGAAAGACAAAUAAAUAUGAAAAUAAUAAUAAUUAAAACCUGCAAAAUCCAACACAAAACGGAGCCUUCGAACAUCCAUAAAAGGGUCAGAGCGAGGGAGAAUCAGGAGAGAGAGAGAGAGAGAGGAGAGCGGAUACAGAACCCAGAAGAAGAAAAAAGUAAGAAAAUUUAACAAUUACACAAAAAACGAAACUAAAAAGAAGUCGAUCUGCUCCGUCACCGCCUCCGCCGCCGCCUCCUCCUCCGCCGACGCCUGAGGUCCGUUUUCCUGCUUCUCUUGCCUGCCCACUCCUUCCCCCCUACACCCAAUCAAAAUUUAUGCUUCUUCUCCUCCUCGCCCAACUAGUUUAUUUGAACUUAUCCUGGUUUCCUUCCUCAAUGUCAAUCCCUAUUUCGCGUCUUCCGUUUAUCUACUUCCUUCUCCCGCCCCAUGGUUGCUUGCUUGAAGCUGAUAUUGCCUCUCCAGCUUUGAAUUUCUCUCCAGCUCCCUUCUCACUGAUUCUUAACGUCAUCUAUCAGUAGAGCAUGCACAAGUUUCUCGUUCGCUUUGUGGCGGCUUUAAUAUAAGCCGCCCUCAAUUUUGAAUGCCGCGCCCUACCAUUUUGUUUACUGAAUCGGGUCAUAGUAGGAGCCCUAUUUCGGCUUCCAAUUCGUGCUGCCUCCUGCCCUUCCUUUUAGCUUUAGCUCAACUGUUUCAUUUGCAGUUCUCUAUCUGCAAUUUGUUAGUUUUGAUUGUUGUGGGCAUAGUUAAAGUGUCAGACUUUGUGGGUCAAGUUAAAUGGGUUUAAUAUGGUGAAUGUUAGUUGUGAAUUCUUGGCUAUGGUUUUGAGUUUUGAACUUUUAUCGGGUAUUGAUGUAGUAUCUGUACAAAUACAGCUCGAAUUUGGAUGGUGAUGGCUGUUCAAGCACCUGCGAGGCCUGUCAUGGAUGAUAUGGAUGAUGAUGAUGCCCCUUUAGUUUUUAGAAGGGGUGGGAACUCAGCAUCUAGGCAAAGCCAAUCGAAUGCUGAAGCUAAGAGGACGCCAUCUUCAUCUCACAAUGUCAAUGGCCAAAGCUCAAAUGGCCAGAGGAAUAAAGCUCCAGUUGCUUCUUCCAAGCCACCGCCGGUUAAGUCUCCAAUAGGGAGCCCCAGAGCAUCAACUUCUUCUAUGAAGGCUUCUCCAUUGCGGUCUCCUAUAACAAAUUCUAAAUCCCCUAUGUCCUCAGAGAUUAAGCAAAUGCCUAAGCAGAAUGCUUCUUCUGCUGUCAAGGUCGAGAUUAAGUCUGUUAAAUCUGAGAAGAAGUCCCAGGUAGAUGAUGAGGAUUCUGAGGAUGACAAGCCCUUGAGUUCCAGAUUGAAGGGAGCUGCCAACAAUGUUAAGAAAGAAGUUGGUGGUCCCAGUCAUGUGAAAAAGGAGGACUCUGAUGAUGAUGACGAUGAUCUCCCUUUGGCUUCAAGGAUGUCAACUAAACCUAAUCAUUUGAGUGAAAAGAAACCUCUAGCCUCAAAACUUCAGCAGAAUGGCAGCUCAACUUCUAAUAUGAACAAGAUGAGAACUCCUGUUGUGCCAAACAAGAGACCUAUGGAGAAGAGUAAUUCUUCGGAUCAAUCCUCUGCUAAAAAGCAAAAGCUUUCUGUUCCAUCUUCCACCACAAAAGCCAAACCUGCAGCAGUUAAAGCAGAGGAGAAGGCUGAUGAUGAUGAUGAUAUCCCAAUCUCCCAGAGGAUCAAGAAGGCGACAGUGUCUGCAAGAAAACCAUCGUCUGCAAACACAAAAGCAACAAAAGUUGUCUCUUCUUCUUUCAAGAAGGCCAACAUGAAGAACACAAAACAAAUGAAAAAGUCCAAGUUUUCCAAGUCAACAAAAGUCCAACCUGGCUCUACUGAUGGCCAGAGAAAAUGGACUACCUUGGUUCACAAUGGUGUAAUUUUUCCUCCUCCAUACCAGCCUCAUGGGGUUAAGAUACUGUACAAGGGGAAGCCAAUUGAUUUGACUCCCGAACAAGAAGAGGUUGCCACUAUGUAUGCCGUGAUGAAAGAUACUGACUAUAUGCAAAAGCCAAAGUUCCUUGAGAAUUUCUGGAAUGAUUGGCGCAAGAUACUCGGGAGGAACCAUGUAAUACAGAAGUUGGAUGAUUGUGAUUUUACACCAAUAUAUGAAUGGCAUCAGCAGGAGAAAGAGAAGAAGAAACAAAUGAGUACAGAAGAGAAGAAGGCAAUCAAAGAACAAAAAAUGCAGCAAGAAGAGAAGUAUAUGUGGGCUAUAGUGGAUGGCGUUAAGGAAAAAGUUGGGAACUUUAGAGUUGAGCCCCCUGGGUUGUUUCGAGGCCGUGGAGAACAUCCGAAGAUGGGAAAGCUGAAGAGACGGAUUCGUCCUAGAGAUAUCACCAUAAACAUAGGGAAGGAUGCUCCUGUUCCAGAAUGUCCAAUUGCUGGUGAAAGCUGGAAAGAGAUAAAACAUGAUAGCACAGUUACAUGGUUGGCUUUCUGGAAUGAUCCUAUCAACCCCAAAGAAUUCAAGUAUGUGUUCUUGGCAGCCAGCAGUUCAUUAAAAGGACAAAGUGACAAGGAGAAAUAUGAAAAAGCUAGGAUGCUGAAGGACUACAUACACAACAUCAGGGCAGCUUACACAAAGGAUUUCAAUAACAAGGACAAGGAUCCUACAAAACGGCAAAUAGCAGUUGCUACAUAUCUUAUUGAUAAGCUAGCUCUAAGGGCGGGUAAUGAGAAGGAUGAGGAAGAAGCUGAUACUGUUGGUUGCUGUACAUUAAAAGUAUCGAACGUGGAGUGCAUCCCUCCCAACAUGAUAAAGUUUGACUUUCUUGGUAAAGAUUCAAUUCGUUAUGAGAACACGGUUGAAGUUGAGCUUCCUGUGUUCAAAGCAAUUGGGCAGUUCCAAGCUGGAAAAGGGGAAAAUGAGCUCCUUUUUAACGCGCUGGAUACAAGUAAACUGAAUGCCCACUUGAAGGAACUCAUGCCUGGGCUUACAGCGAAAGUUUUCCGUACCUAUAAUGCUUCAAUAACAUUGGAUCAACAAUUGUACGAGGAAACAGAAGAGGGUGAUGUUGCAGAGAAGGUUGUUGUUUAUCAAAAAGCAAACAAGCAGGUUGCAAUCAUCUGUAAUCAUCAGCGUACAGUCUCAAAGACUCAUGAUUCCCAAAUCUUGAAGUUGACUGAGAGGAUUGAGACUGCUAAGCAAGAACUCAAAGAGCUGAAAAUUGAUUUGGAGAGGGCCAAGAAGGGAAAGCCACCUCUAAAGGGUGCAGAUGGAAAGCAAAAAAGGAACUUGAGUCCAGAAGCCAUAGAGAAAAAGAUAGCAUCCGCCAAUCAAAAGAUUGAGAAGUACGAAAUGGACAUGACGACAAAGGAGGAUCUGAAAACAGUGGCACUCGGCACCUCUAAGAUCAACUACCUGGAUCCUAGGAUCACAGUCGCCUGGUGCAAAAGGCAUGAAGUUCCCAUCGAGAAGAUAUUCAACAAGUCGCUUCUGGCAAAAUUUGCCUGGGCAAUGGACGUUGAUCCCGAGUUCAGAUUCUGAUAGAAGGGAAAAUCUGGGAAGUGGUGCUCACACAACACAACCCUCCCACUUGGGAAAAAAAAAAGAAGGUAGCAUAAUAUGGCAAAAUCACCAAGAAAAUACGGAGAAGAAAAGAAAGGACCAAUCAAUCCAGCUUCUUUUGAUGAUCCAUUACAUCUUUUUGAUUCACAUUUUUUAUAAUCAAAUUUUUUCUUCUCUUUUUUUGGGUCUUCCACAUUUAACUCUGAGCUGCUGGGAAAGUCGAUGUUGUAUGUUCAAUGAUCUAAUCUAAUCAUCCAAUACGGCUGUAUUUGCUGCCACUGCCCCCAUCUUGCUUCUCUGUUCAUCACCAAUUCCAUCAAUUGGAUGCCUGUUUUGUAGCAGUAAGUAACCCUUUCUUCUUCCAGAGUAUGAUGGAAAGGAACAGCCGUAUUGGCUAUGUUAGGAAGGCAGGACUAUGAAAUAGGAGCUGCUAGACUGUGAUGAAUGUUUGAUUAUGUAAUUGUAAGGGGAAUUGUUAUCAUUGUCUCAGAUUUACUAACGACUUGUAGCCAGGAAAUCUGUGGUGCUAUGCCCAACCUAAACAACGAAAAUGAUGGGAAAUGAGUUAGCAUGAUACAUAGGGAUGUCAUUUCUUGUCCCCAAAUGGACAUGGCUAUGACUCUAUGUGUAACAUGACCAACAAACUUUCCCUCGUCUCAUCGCUGUGCAUGAUACAUGUAAUGUCCUUUCUUGUCACGAGAUGACAUGAGUAUGAUGUAAUGUCUAAGUUGAUCUGUAAAAUCUAACUUAGACCAAUAAUUGUCAUUGGAAGAUGAUGAAUAGAUGAAUAUGGAAUAUCAAUCGUAGUGUUGUACGUCCUCCUCCGUUCGACUUGCUCACGCUUUCUCGCGUACUACAUGCACAUCCCAUUAUAAAGAUUCAUGAUCUAUCUUUCAUCUAUCAAAUCCGUUUCCACACUCACCUGAAUUGACAACCGACAAUCUCAAAAGUUUAAGGAUUAUCUGUGAUAAGAAAAAUUUUCAUAUCCAAGCUCCAAACCACCCUACAACCUUGUAAGUUUUUUGAAUUGACCGAAUUAUGGAUCAUCAUCUUGUUACAAGAUGACACAACUAUGACACAAUAUCUAACGUGACUAAUAAAUUUCACUGGAAGAUGGUGGAAAAAUGGACAUAGAAUAUCAGUUGCACUUUACUGUACGUCAUUCUCCGACUUGCUCACACUUUCUAGUUUACCACAUGCACAUCCUAUUAUCAAAGAUUCAUCAUCAAUCUUUCAUCUCUCAAAUCCGUUUCGAGGGUGACAUGGAUUGACAACCGACGGUCUCAAAGUUUAAGCGUUCUCCACCAAAAGAAAAAAAAUCCUUUUUCCGAACUCCAAACCAUCCUACAACCUGGCUUGAGUUCAAGUCCUUAAGCCUCAUUUCUUAAGGAAAAUCUUAAAGCCUUCCUAUUGGCUGAUAAUGGAUUAGGUAGUUAAUGGGGGUUAGUAGUUAAUAGGUAGUUAAGGGUAAAUAGGGUUAUGCAAAUAUAAUUAAAUUAAUAUAAUUAAUUAAUGAUUCUCUUUCUCUCUCCUCCCAUGAUUUUCUCCAUAAUCCUCUCUCUACAUUAUAAUUAAAAGAGAUAUGAAAUUAAUUUUAUUUAAUAUUUAAUAAAAUAUGAAUUUAAUAAUUUUCUUUUUCUAAAAUGGAAAUUUGAAAUUUAAAAUAUAUGCCUCUCUCACAUCUUGGCAACUUCCGAUUAGUAUUAAGUAUUAACAUUUUGUAAUGACAUUAUCAAUAUAUAUAAUUGAAUCAUCAUUAGGGCUUUUCAUUGCAUGGGUUUGAGAUUUUUCGUUGUUAGGUAUUCGUUUGUGUUAUUAUUAAUGUUGUUCGACAUGUUUUUUAAUAAUUUUAUAUGACAUUAUUAACUUUUUAUGUUAUGUUUGUUUGUAACAUUAGUAAAAGUGAAAUUGUGUUUUCAAUUUGUUUGUAUUUGAAGUUUAUUUACUAUUACAUCGUAUUAUUAAUUUGGUUCGCAAUGAUUUAUAAUCAUUUGAAGUGUUAUUAUCAAUAUUUUUUUCCAAGCACAAUACAACCAUUAGCAAAAAUUUAAUUCAUUUGUAAGAUUGCUUAUGUUUAGUGAUUUGAAGUAUUAAUAUUUUUAUCUUUUAUGUUUGUAACUUUGUCAAAUGUCAUUAUCAAGAAGCAUAUUUGUUAGAUAUUCAUUUGUUUAUGACAUUAUCAAAAGUAAAUUUACGUUUAAUGAUAUAACUAUGGUUAUUAAUCUUUCAGUCUAAGUUAGUAACGUAGUUUGGUGUCAUUAAUAGGCGUGUAUAAGCAUUAUCAAUGUUUGAAAAUAAGAUAUUAAUAAUAUCUAAUAAGGUAUUUAACAAUCAUUAGUUGCUAUCAUUAUCAAAGUUUUUGGAAGCAUUAUCCAUUAAACACAUGUUACGUAUUAAUGUGUUUUUAGUGCUAUUUGACAUUAAACAUUGCAUCUGAAUAUUAUUAAUAUUUUUAUAUUACAAAAAUCUAUUUCCUUAUCAGUGACUUGAUGAUUCGAUAUUAAUGGUUUUUAAUAUCUUUAUUAAAAUUUUGAUGUCAUUUAAAAUGUUGAAGUCAGACAUUUUUACAUUAAUGUUUUGUGUUUAUUUUCAACGAAAUACUUUUCGUUAUCAAUGAUUUAUUGUACUGUUAUUAAAAGUUUGGUGUUGAGGCGUGAAUGUUGGUUUGCUUGAGCUAAUAUUUUUCUGGACAAUGUUUGUUUGACUGAAUCACACAGGUGCACUAUGUCACAAGUACCCAAGAUGUUGAAAAUUAGUAUUGUGCUUUAUGAUCAUUGAGAAUGAUAAUGUAAAGCAAUAUUAAUUGAUCAUAAAACGUUAAUAAUGUCAUUAGAAAUCAUUGGAAGAGGCCAUGACUAGAUAGUUAUAAACAUGAUGUGAAAAGGUGAAUCAUUAGUACUAAAGAUGUAAAUCAAUGAUAUUGUUAUUCAAACUAUUAAUGACUAUGUUACAUAACUUUAAUGAUUCAUUCAUAGGCGUUGAUGACGAAACUAUAAAACAGUAACAAUUGAUCCAAAAUUGUUAAUAAUGUAAUUGUAAGGAAUUGAUAAGUAUAUUGAAGCCGUUAAUAACGAUGAGAUAUAAUAAUAACGAUUCAUUUCAUAAAUGUUGAUAAUGUCAUUGCAAAAUGUUAAUACUGUAUUGCAAGUUGCCACGAAGUGAGAGAGAGCAUAUAUUUUUAAUUUCAAUUUUCAUUUUAAAAAUGAAAAAUAUUAAGUUCGAAUUUAUUAAAUAUUAAAUAAUAAUAUUUAAUUAAAUUAAUUUUGAAUU